UUCAGAUGUGUCUGUUAUGGUCAUAAGAACAGAAUGCUGGACGAUCAACUGAAAGUGAUAAUGGUUUAUAUGCCAAAAGAUAUGGAGAACAAUGCAAUAAACUGGUACACUGAAGCACAUUCAACAUAUUCAAAAUAUAAAGAUAUAGCUGAUUAUUUAAAACAAAAAUUUGAUCAUAUUUAUGGACGAAAUUGGCAAUGUAUAAUUGGACAUGAUUUUGAAAGGUAAGAAUAAUUCGUUUUUUCACUGGGUAAUUUUAAAAUGAAUGAAGAACAGAAUUGUAAAUACUUAGAUUAUAUUUUUUGAAUUGUAUAACAUUCUUUGAGGUAUUUUAUAUGCACUUUUUCAGUAAUAAAAGCUGUGCUAAAGGACUACACAGACAGUGUAAUUCCCAAUUCUGAUAGACCCAGGUAUUAAUAAUAUCGGCUUAGUAAGGUGCCUCUUCAGUAGAAUCCAACGAAUAUGCACUGAAGACAUACUUGAUGAGGAAGAAUGAAAGUUGACACAAACUCUGGUUGAUAACAACUGUCCAGACAAGUUCAUCAGGAGAUAUAAAGUAGUCAGAAAACCAAGACCCACUCUCCAACUCGCCCUUAAGAAAGAGAUGUACAUCUAGUUACCUUAUAUGGGUGAUAAUAGCAGCUUGAUAACUUGACACAGAUUGAACGUUGCUGUUAAAAAGACUUUUUAUGCAGCUGAUAUCAUAAUAAUUGAGAGUGUGAAGUCGAUAUAUCCAUCACAGCCUUUUGAACAUGCGAAAAAUGUUGUCACAACUCAAUGUAUUUGCCAAUUUUAAUGUAUGUGCGGACAAAAGGGGAGGGACAAAGGGAAGACUCAUCGAUCUCUGUAAGUAGUGGCUGGGUUCAGAGCAUAUUCCUAGGUGGCUUCAAAAGCAAAUAGAUUCUCCAGAAUCCAUUAGUAGUGAGAACAGGAAACCUAGCUCCUCUAUUGCGAAACAAAUUGUAGAGACAGGACAUAAAAUUGACGUUAACAUAUCUUUUAAACCUAUCUAUAAAACGUGUUUGGGGCGUAUCCUAAAGUUUGUGUAAGUCCUGGCAAUUAUAAAGUUUAAACCACGUUUAUGAGUUCAAAGCAACAAUUCUUCAUAACAAUAAACAUUUUGUGCUAAACUUCGUUUCGAUACCAUAGCAGCUGUACUAUCACCUCUGUUAUUUGGUUUAGUGAUCAUAAUUGUCAUUUUGACCUUCAAUAUGUCCUUUUAACUUGACCUGAAUUUAUUUUCUUACCUCUUAACUCUUUAUUAAUUUCAUGCAUAUAUCCCUAUGACAUGUCCGUGUGUGAUCAGAUUGUUCGAAAUAUGUUGUGCAAAUACAUUACAAUUAUGCCUUCUUAUUCCUUUGUCUAAUAUCGGCUGUAUUCUGAUAAUUAUAUUUAAACACAACACAGAAUUCUUAUAAUAGUUUCUUGCAAUAUACUUACCAUCAGUACAGAAUCUUCAAGUUAGUUCUCGUCAGCAGCAUAUCGUAUAACUCAACGUCAUUCUACCUGAAACUAUACAUAGUCCUCUGCAACAUUUUCCCUUCAUUAUCUUUUUGAAACAUAAAACAACAGGUUUGGAGCCAAUUCAAAAUGUCUGAGUUCAUACAACAAUGUAGGGACAUGAUUUGAAAAUAAAACAACAAGAAAUCGGUAUUAGAAUAGACUCAUUAUGAUAAAUGGAAAUCCAGGGAACUCAUCGGUUCAGGCAGACCACUAGAAACUCUACACAUCUAUGACUAGGAAACUAAUUUCAGUAAGAACAGGCAAAUCAGAGUAUUUUAAAAAUCUUAACGUCUGCUUAUAUCAAUUGCAGUUAACCAGUGUGUUUUAGAGAGAAUAUUUGCUUUUAUAAGCAUACACGGACGAAUAAAAUACUACUAAGCAUUUAUUACUAAGUAGUUUCUUGGGGUUAAGCUUACAUCACGACUCUUAUUUGUAUCAACAUACUGACAAAGACCUCUCUUAGCUUUUCAGGUCUUGACGUCUCGACCAACCUGAGGGUAAUACCUGAAAGGCCUUAUUCUGUAUAGUUUCAUCAUAAUAUUAGCCAUGAAGUCUGUUUAAGCUGAACAGUUGACUACAGUACUUAUCCUUCAGUUUCUUACAUUCUUUAUCUGUUAUUUAUUCACACUGUCUACCAAAGUUUUACAGUUCUAUGAAACGCUACGAAGCAGUUUUUUCCAAUGAAUAAUUUAGUUUUAGUCUCUAUCACUUGAUUUGGUAUUCUUUACCAUAUAGAGUUUUGCCACACUUUCAAGUGUUUCAUUUCACAGCCUAGAAGUCAUUUUAUAGCUU